AUGCCGGUGCCCGAUGUGGAGCGUUUCACGGGUGUGGGCAUUCGUGUCAGUUUUACCGGUGACUCCGCCGACAUGCGUGACAUGAACCAGCUCUCGGGCGGACAGAAAUCCCUCGUGGCACUCACUCUCAUCUUUGCCAUCCAAAAAUGCGAUCCCGCGCCAUUCUACCUGUUUGAUGAAAUUGACGCCGCUCUGGAUGCUCAGUAUCGAGUAGCUGUGGCCGACAUGAUCCGCGAUCUUAAAUCCGAGGCGCACAUGUUUUAUUCGUUACAGGUCAGCCAUAUAGAGUGCGUGACAAAAGAGGAAGCACUGGACUUCGUGGAGGACGAUCAAACCCACGGUUGA